AUGCAAAAACGGGAUCUUGGAAAAUCCGGUGGCCAGUCCGGCGGAGCUUCGGCUCCACCACCGAAGAGAGGCCGACCAUUCGGUAGCACAAGUGCAAACUCAGCUGCUGCAGCUGCCGCCGCCGCUGCAGCGGAGGCGAUGUCUCCAUUAGCUUUACUCGGUCCUUCUCUUCUAGUUCACAAUUCCUUCGUCGACCAGAACAAUAGAAGAUUAGUCCUCGCGCUACAGAGUGGUAUAAAGAGCGAAGUAACAUGGGCAUUGAACACACUCACAUUGCUCUCCUUCAAAGAGAAAGAAGAUAUCCGAAGAGAUUUCACUCCUCUCGCAAAGAUCCCUGGCUUGCUUGAUGCCCUUCUCCUUAUUAUUGAUGACUGGCGUGACAUAGGUCUCCCAAAGGACCUAGCAAGAGGAGCUAGAGUCAGAUCCUUAGGUGCAAACUCCUCGGUUACAGGAUUCGGUACUGAGUACGACGCUUUAGCCACUAUUCAAACCCCUGGCUCUUCAGCUGGUGGUGAGGCGUUAGGGAACAAGAGGUCGUCUCAGUGGUGGAACGAAGAGGACGGUUUGUUUCACAUAGACGAUGAAGGGAGAGCAGAGAAACAGCUGAGCGCCAUUGCUGCUUCAAACGUUAUCCGCAACUUCUCCUUCAUGCCUGAUAACGAAAACCUAAUGUCUCAGCAUCGCCAUUGCUUGGAAACUGUCUUCCAGUGCAUUCAAGAUCAUAUGACCGAGGAUGAAGAGCUGGUCACAAACUCGCUAGAGAUAAUUGUGAACUUAGCUCAUUUGAUGGAUCUUCGAAUCUUCAGCUCGCUUAAACCGUCAUUCAUCAACAUAAAUGAAAAGCAAGCUGUUCAAGCUGUGGUUGGGAUUCUUGAUUCUUCAGUGAAAGCUUGGAACUGUGCUGCUGCUGAAUUACUGGGGCGUUUGAUAAUCAAUCCUGACAAUGAACCUUUCAUUAGUCCCUUAAUUCCACAGAUACUCAGGCGACUAGUGGAUCUUAUAAGCAUACCAGCAGUUGAUGCACAAGCCGCAGCUGUUGGCGCAAUCUACAAUCUUGUGGAAGUGAACAUGGAUUGCAAGUUAAAGCUUGCAAGUGAGAGAUGGGCGGUUGAUAGGUUGCUGAAAGUGAUAAAGACUCCGCAUCCGGUGCCAGAAGUCUGCAGGAAAGCUGCGAUGGUACUAGAGAACCUUGUCUCUGAGCCUCAGAACAGAGGAUUGUUGUUGGCGUAUGAGAAUGCUUUCGUUGAGCUGCUUUUUCAAGAUGGCAAGUUUUCGGAUUCGUUUGCUAGGAUUUUGUAUGAACUGACUGCUAGAUCAAACAGCAGAGUGGCUUCGGCUAGAGGAAUCUGGGGAAUGUAA